AUGGCUUGCAGGGGCGGCUGCUGCUGCACUUUGGGUUCUCUCAAUGAAGAUAAUGCAAGGUUCCUGCUUCUGGCCGUCUUGAUCGUCAUUUACCUGCUGUGUGGGGCCGCCGUCUUUUCUGCCUUAGAGCAUCCCAAAGAAAAGCAGAUCAAAGAAAAGUGGGUGCAGAGGUUUGAGAAUUUUGCACAGAAGUACAACCUCAACAAGAUCGAACUGGAGAAUUUUCUCCGGGACUAUGAAGAAGCCAGUGUGGCGGGCAUCAGGGUGGACAGCAUCCGACCGCGUUGGGACUUUACAGGCGCCUUCUAUUUUGUGGGGACCGUGGUCUCCACUAUCGGCUUUGGAAUGACCACCCCUGCCACCAUUGGAGGGAAGACCUUCUUGAUAUUUUAUGGUCUCAUCGGAUGCGCUGCCACCAUUUUGUUCUUCAACUUGUUUCUGGAGAGACUGAUUACGGUCUUGGCUUACAUUCUCAAGUCCUGCUACGAGAGACAGAGGAGGAGAAAAGGCGUUCUGCCCUAUGACAACCGGAGGAACUCCAGCAACUCAGAAGUGGACAGUCUUUCUGGCUGGAAGCCCUCAGUCUACUAUGUCAUGUUCAUCUUGUGCAUGGCAGCCAUUCUCAUUUCCUGCUGCGCCUCGGCCAUGUACAUGACCAUAGAAGGAUGGAGCUAUUUUGACUCUCUUUACUUCUGCUUUGUGGCCUUCAGCACCAUUGGAUUCGGGGAUCUGGUGAGCAGUCAAAAUAUGAACUACAAGAAUCAAAGCCUCUAUAGAUUUGGGAACUUCAUGUUCAUCCUUAUGGGGGUCUGUUGCAUUUAUUCCUUGUUUAAUGUCAUAUCUAUUGUUAUCAAGCAACUUCUGAACUGGAUUUUAAAGAAGCUAGAAUUUUGUUGUUGCCAUCGCUGUCAGCAAAAGGUUUUCCGCUCGCGGAGGAAUGUGGUGAUGCCCGGACACAUCCGAAGCAGACGGAAUAUCUCCAUCGAGACUGAUAUGAUCAAUGACAGUGAGACCGAUGGUCGCCGGAUGUCUGGCGAGAUGAUCUCGAUGAAAGACUUUCUGGCUGCUAAUAAAGUAUCAUUGGCCAUCAUGCAGAAGCAGCUAUCUGAGGCGGCCAAUGGCUACCCGCGGCAGUCUGGCUCCAGCGCUCGGCACAACGGCUUUUCAGGAGGAGUGGGAGCCUUAGCAAUUAUGAACAAUAGACUUGCCGAGACGAGUGUCGACAGAUGACUCUGAAGGUCUUCUUGGAUUUUUAAUUGCCAAACACCAAGGACUUCGAGUCCGUUGCCACAUUAUAGAUAUUUAGAAGCUUCCAAUGGCGACGCACUGUUUGAUAUUUGAUUAAAUAAAUGAGCUUCUCGUGAUUAAUGACUCUCCAUGUUACCCACCAGCAGCACACGUUUUAGCUGGCAAAGGUCGAAAGAAUACAACCAUCUUCUAACCUGCGUAUCCAGUUCAUGGCUGUGGGAGAGUCAGUGAGAGGCAGAAUCCCACCGUGGACGGAGCGCCAAUUCAAAUGACUUCAUUUGGCUUCUAAACACCCAAAAACACGCUAAGAGCUGCUGGGUGGUGGACACUCAGAGUGUUACUGCUGUCAAAUUGACAAGCCAUACUGUAUGUUUCAUUUCUAAGGAUCACAUAGUCACGGAGAAAAUGACCAGAAAAGCAUAAUGAUAUUUAGG